CGUGCGGCGUGGGUCUGAGUGCGGAAAGGUGGCGCGAUCCGGACCGGAAGCUGUUGGAAGGUCCGUGCGUCUGGUUCCCGGAUCGCGCCCGGUGCUGGGCCUUUGCACCCGCAGCUUAUCCCCAGCGGUAUCUCCGGACCCGCGUUCGGUGGAUUCCUGCUGCUGCCGGGUAGACGCCGAGCCCGGGACCAUGAGCGUGGGCUUUAUCGGCGCGGGCCAGCUGGCCUGUGCCCUGGCGCGGGGCUUCACGGCCGCAGGGCAAGUGUGGGAACCGGGUGGGCCAUGAUCCCCAGUUGAAAAGCCUUGUCUGCGGCAGGCAUCCUGUCGGCUCACAAGAUAAUAGCCAGCUCCCCAGAAAUGGACCUGCCCACGGUGUCUGCGCUUAGGAAGUUGGGGGUGAACCUGACCCGGAGCAACAAGGAGACAGUGAGACACAGUGACGUCCUGUUCCUGGCCGUGAAGCCACACAUCAUCCCCUUCAUCCUGGAUGAGAUCGGGGCCGACGUCCAGACCAGGCACAUCGUCGUCUCCUGUGCAGCCGGUGUCACCAUCAGCUCUGUGGAGAAGAAACUGAUGGCGUUCCAGCCAGCCCCCAAAGUGAUUCGCUGCAUGACCAACACACCUGUGGUAGUGCGGGAGGGUGCCACGGUGUACGCCACAGGCACCCAUGCCUUGGUGGAGGAUGGGCAGCUCCUGGAGCAGCUCAUGAGCAGCGUGGGCUUCUGCACUGAGGUGGAGGAGGACCUGAUCGACGCCGUCACAGGGCUCAGCGGCAGCGGGCCUGCCUACGCGUUCAUGGCCCUGGACGCGUUGGCUGAUGGUGGAGUGAAGAUGGGCCUGCCGCGGCGCCUAGCAGUCCGAUUGGGGGCCCAGGCCUUGCUGGGGGCUGCCAAGAUGUUGCUGGACUCAGAGCAGCAUCCAGGCCAGCUCAAGGACAAUGUCUGCUCCCCUGGAGGGGCCACCAUCCAUGCCCUGCACUUCCUCGAGAGUGGGGGCUUCCGCUCCCUGCUCAUCAAUGCUGUUGAGGCCUCCUGCAUCCGAACACGAGAGCUACAGUCCAUGGCUGACCAAGAAAAGAUCUCCCCAGCUGCCCUCAAGAAGACCCUCCUGGACAGAGUGAAGCUGGAAUCCCCCACAGUGUCCACGCUGACCCCCAGCAGCUCAGGGAAGCUCCUCACAAGAAACCCGGCCCCGGGAGGCAAGAAGGACUGAGGCAGCCUCUGCCCCCUCUCUGUGACUAGAGCCCUCGCCUGAGGGGGCCAUGCAGGGUGAGGCCAGAUCCUUGCUAUAAAACCUCCUUAAAUCUGUUCAGACCAAGCAGCCCUAGUUUCCCUUGCUGUCCCAUGCUGGAAGAUACUCUGAAGGGGUGGGUGAUGCUGGAAACCAAAUGUCUCUGCACACCUCCCACUGUCAGAGCCCCAGCGCAGGUAGCAGAGUCCGAGGAACUCUUCAACUGGGGUUCUCCAACUGGAGCCCAAAGCAGGGUCAAGUUUGAUACCACGUCAGGGAGGUGAGCGGUACAAAACAUGACAAGGGCAUUUCUCUUUGAAUGGAAAAUGAGCAACUUAGAAUUGUCACAAUUAAGCAGAAAUGCACUAAAUGAGAAUGCUCACUCAUUUAACUAUCACUUUGUAGGUGCACCAUUGAGGAAGUGCUGUUUAGCUGCUUUAAUAAAGUUUUAUUUUAUAUUA